CACACCGUGAUGCGCGCCUCCUGAAGCCGCGCCGAGCCGCCGCCGCCGCCGCAGCGUCGCCCUGUCAACUUUGUCCCCCUCCCGCCCCUCCCCUCCCCGCGCCUCUGCCCACCCGGCCCCGAAACCCGCCCCGGAGCCGCCUCGGUGCGUGCGCUCGGGCGAGGGGUCGCCGGCCGUCCGGGAUGGCUUCCAAUUUUAAUGACAUAGUGAAGCAGGGCUACGUGAGGAUCCGGAGCCGACGCCUGGGGAUAUAUCAGCGAUGCUGGCUAGUAUUCAAGAAAGCUUCAAGCAAAGGUCCAAAACGACUGGAGAAAUUUUCUGAUGAACGUGCUGCAUAUUUUAGGUGUUACCAUAAGGUGACGGAGCUCAACAACGUGAAGAAUGUAGCCCGGUUGCCCAAGGGCACCAAGAAGCACGCCAUAGGGAUUUAUUUCAAUGAUGACACCUCCAAGACCUUCGCUUGUGAAUCAGAUCUUGAGGCCGAUGAGUGGUGUAAAGUACUCCAGAUGGAGUGUGUGGGCACGCGGAUCAAUGACAUCAGCCUCGGAGAGCCUGACUUACUGGCUACUGGGGUUGAGAGAGAACAGAGUGAGAGAUUCAAUGUGUAUUUGAUGCCAUCCCCUAACUUAGAUGUACAUGGCGAAUGUGCCUUGCAGAUUACAUAUGAGCACAUCUGUCUUUGGGACAUCCAGAAUCCCAGAGUCAAACUCAUCUCUUGGCCGCUAAGUGCCCUGCGGCGAUACGGGCGAGAUGCUGCUUGGUUCACUUUUGAGGCAGGGAGGAUGUGUGAAACUGGGGAAGGGCUGUUUAUCUUUCAAACACGAGAUGGGGAGGCCAUCUACCAGAAAGUCCACUCCGCUGCCUUGGCGAUAGCCGAGCAGCACGAGCGCCUGCUGCAGAGCGUGAAGAACUCAAUGCUCCAGAUGAAGAUGAGCGAGCGGGCCGCCUCGCUGAGCACCAUGGUGCCCCUGCCCCGCAGCGCCUACUGGCAGCACAUCACGCGUCAGCACAGCACGGGGCAGCUCUGCCGCCUGCAAGAUGUUGCCAGCCCUCUGAAGCUUCAUCGGACAGAGACUUUUCCUGCCUACCGAUCUGAGCACUGACAGGAGCUGCGCAGAGUGGCUGUGGGACGCGCUGGGGAUGCAUCCGCCACCGCAGAUUCCGCCAGGCCAUGCAUCCGCCACCGCAGAUUCCGCCAGGCCGCAGGAUGAUAGCGAGGGAAGCCAGGAAGCAAAGAAUCUGAGAGUCCCCGGCUGAUUGUGUGGUCAUUGGGAAACAGCAAUGCAAUAUUUGUCUUUUUCUUUCUUUUUCCCCCCCUUUUUUAAAAAAUUGUAGCGUGAUUGAACCAUGCUCUAUAGAUUUCGACUUUUUGUUCCCUCUUUUACAGCUGGACAGAAAGGAGUCAAUGCCGCAAGAUGAUUUUCUAUUGUAGAUACCGUGUCCCUUCCUCCUCCUCUGAAUCUAUCGUUUUGUGGAUCUUGUGAUUUCCCUUCUGAGUGUUUCAGUUGUAUGACAGUCAGUACUGACAAUAAAAUGGCUCUUCCUUAUUCGUUAUUUGUCGAUACCAUUUUCCUUAGUUAUUAACGUUACGGUUCUGCUUAACUACUGGAAGUUGUUUUUUAUUAUAUUACCAAUACGUUAAAUCUGCUUGACUGACUCUUACCUGUGAGGUUAAGAAAUACCUUCCAGGGGCCCUUGAGGAUUCUCUGCGGGGUUAUAAUGUUGCUCUCACGUGGUCUGCCUCCAGUCGCCCACCUCCCCUUUCUAAAAGCCUUUGUUUUAUUUGGAGUACCUUCAUAAAACAUUUUAAAAUAAAAGCGCAUUCUUCACCCCU